ACACCCGUACAAGCGAACACCAACCAUGACCGACUCACGCGCGAGCUUAUGGAGCCGUUUAUGGAGCAGUACCGCGGUGACCCACGGGCUCGUCGCUCUGUUCGGGAUGGGCUCGUGGAUUUCGGUCAACAGUCUGUGGGUUGAGCUCCCGGUCGUGGUGAACGAGCUUCCAGAAGGCUGGAACCUCCCCGCCUACCUCUCUGUGCUCAUAGCGUUUGGGAACUUGGGUCCAAUAGUGGUGACCGUGACGCACCACUGUGCUCCAGGACGUCUGAACGAACGCGUGGUCAUUCCCUGCAUCCAGGCCCUGGCGGUGGUGGCGUCUGCUUUUCUGGCCAUCUUCUGGUCCCACACUGAAAACAUAGCAGGAGAGCAGCGAUCCCUCCCCUUCCUGCUUUUGACCUUUGUUUUAUCUUUUGUUUGCUGUACGUCCAACGUCACGUUCCUGCCUUUCAUGUUUCGCUACCCUCCCCAGUACAUCCGCACCUUCUUCAUCGGCCAGGGCUUCAGCGCCUUGUUCCCCUGCAUCGUGGCUUUAGGUCAAGGCGUCGGGAAGCUGGAGUGCAAAACUGCGAAUGGCACAGGGCACCCACAGCAUCUAAAGGAGAACUUUCCUGCCCAGAACUUCUUCUGGUUUUUGUUUGUGAUGUUGUCCGUCUCAGCGGCUAGCUUUUGGGUUCUAAUACGAAGACCGUCGGAAUCAAAGCAAGAGGAGCAGGAGUCCAACGGCGCCGUGCUCAAGAGCGACGAAGAGACCCACCGGCUCUACAGGGAGGGGACGCCGGUGUCUGACGAGCUGGUCCAAGUGGAGGAGCUGCCUCCUCCGACCUUCUGGAACCCACGAAACAUUUACCUCCUGAACCUGCUCGCCAUCUCCAACGCCCUAACCAACGGCGUCCUUCCCUCUGUGCAGAGCUUCACCUGUCUGCCUUACAGCCCCAUGACCUUUCACCUCUCUGUGGUGUUUGGCAACAUAGCAAACCCGCUGGCUUGUUUCCUGGCCAUGUUUGUGAUCCUCAGAUCUUCUGCAGGUCUGGGCUUCCUGUCUCUGGCUGCAGGCGUGUUUGCUGCAUAUCUUCUAGCGUUGGCUGCAUACAGUCCCUGUCCGCCUCUCCAGGGAAGCGACGCUGGUGUGGCUUUAGUGAUCACCUCCUGGAUCAUUUUCAUCGGCCUCUUCUCCUACCUGAAGGUGGUGGUCGGGACCCUGCUGCAUGAAGCGGGUCACGCCGGGCUGCUGUGGUGCGGCAUCUCCAUCCAAGCGGGCUCCCUCCUCGGGGCCCUGACCAUGUUCCCACUGGUAAAUGUGUAUCAGGUGUUCACCCCAGCCCAACAAUGUGUGGAUAACUGCAGCUAACCGCGGCGACUUAGCCUCUGUUUUUAAGCACACAAAGGGCCAAUUCUUUCUUCUUGGAAAAAUGACUGUUUUUAUGAAGAACUGCUGUCGGGGAGAACGGAGCUGAGCGACGGUUUUCCUUCAGGAUUAUCCGGCACAUCGUCUACUCAUGUGACACUUCCUUGAAUCAUAUUUUGUUGCUUUAUGUUAGCCAAGAAGAUGUGUAACGCCAUAAGUGCACUACUGAAUCAGGAUUCCUAAUUCCUAACAGAGUUCUUCAUCGGAAUCAUGUGAAAAGUUCUAUGUUUGGAACAGAUUUGUGGGAGAAAAUGGACGAUCACAAAUGUUUACAGCUGGCUUUACAAAUGUGCCUUAGCAGGUAAAAAAAACAUACAGAAACACAGAAUAAGACUGAGUACGAAGGUUUUUUUCUUUUAAACUGUUUAAAUCUGUCAUCUGGACAGGACAUUACUUUGUCUGGCCACUAGGAGGCACUACUUGAGCUUGUUUUGUUGCCACAUGUCAGAAGACAACACAAACCCCUAUUGAGGUUCAUCUACUGCUCCUACUAGGGGGCGCUACAACCAAUACACACAUCCUAGUGUUGCCCAUAAACAGUAUGUCCGUUCUUUGUCUAAUCAGAGUUUGUGGGGGAUCCAAAAUGGCUGCCCAAUUGUCAACAAACCUGUUUAGCAUAAGAAAACGUGCGUCUGAAACAAUGUAGCCCUCCUGCAGACCAACACACAAGCCUAAAAUCAUGUUGGAUGCAUAAAAUAACACAAUAAAAGCAAAAUAAGACAUUUCCAAAUGUUUUUCAAGGUUGAUUUAAGGAAAAUUCACUAAGCCGUCAACAAAUAAUGAGAGGAUGAUCUAGACCUUUUUCAUUUUUGGUAUGUUUUGAAGACUUUUACAUAAAUAAGUUGACUGAUGGAGAGGAAAAGCAGAAAUAUCACACUUUAGAGCCUUUUAAAGACAUUUCUGAGAUAAGCUAGAGUUAAGGAAAUGUAAAAGCUUUACAAAUGAGAAACAUAUGUAUUUAAAUUUAAGAACAAAUGUAAGUGAUUUGAAGUACCUCUGGAGAAUAUAGUUUAAAAAUCCCACUGACCUUGAAUGCACCUCAAGAGCUUACCGUCUAGAUUCAGUCAUUUUCAUUUGUUUAUACUUUGUAAAUAUUAACAGGAAACAAAAACUCGUGUGAGAUUAAAACCAACAGAAAGCUUUCAGGUUUAACUUUAUUAAACGGUGAUGCUCCACCAAGGUUUUUUUUUUUCUUUUUAACCGUUUAAAGUGCUUUCUGAAGUAUUGCUUAACAUGAAGUCUCUGAUUUUCAGUAAACAUGACGCAAUUUACAUAUAAUUAUGUAGUUUAGUUUGAAACUCUUUCUCCAGUGUUCACUCCCAUCCCUAAGCUGGUAACAUGCACGGGGCCACAUUUGAUUUAUGAGUUUUAUUAUUUUAACAUGACUCUGGAGAAGGCUUUUAUACUUGUAAAUGUCAGUCAAGUACCAAAAAAGCAAACUGAAUGAAUGUGUAAUUUUCACGACUGUUUUCCUUUAAAAUAAAAAGAUUUGCUUGAUGUAAUACGACUCUAAGUGGAGAAAUGGAUCUGUUUUUACUUAUUUUCCUGACAUAAAUGUACCAGUAAAUCCAUUAUAUUUGGUCUUUUUUUCUGUCUAAACAAUGAGUGUUUUACUUUUAAGAAAAUGGUCAAAAUGUCAGAUGUAACACUUUAACACUAAUUCAUAUUCGUGUAAAAUCAAAUGAGCCAAACAUUUUGGUAUUUUCGUUUACUUUUUUUCUUUUUUUUUUUUUAAUCUUUGAGUCAAAUUUAAUGUGUGCAUGCAUCGACUUCUCCAUCUUGAACUGGGACGUGUUGAAUAAUUCAAUUUUUUCUGAAUAUUGUCUUCUGGGGACACAUUGAAAGUUCAUAAAAGUGUUAUUUAUGCUAAAAAAUGUUAAUCUAACAAGCUAAUCGUGUGUCUUUAAUUCUGUGAUUUGUCUUCUACUGCUGAUGUCUCCUUCAAAGAUAAAUGUUAGAUCGAGAUGCCAUUAAAAUAUUUUGUCUUUGAGAUGAUAAAUGAUGCUAAUGUUCUGACAGUUUUACAUACAUUUUUUUACCUUUUUGUAAUGAAAUAGAUCUUAUGUACUUAAAUAUUUCCACAAGUUUAGUUUUAGGAAAAUGAAAAGCCCAAGCUGAGCAACAACAAAAAAUAAUAAAUUCUUUAAAUAAAUUAUAAUGGAUGCAUUUUUUAAUUAUUUGAUAAAUUAUGCAUAUAUACUGUAAUAAAAGUAUUUCAGAACAUAUUCAGUUUGGAAGUUUGAUGCAUUUACUUUUUUAACUUUAGUUUUAUAUGAGUGGUGAACUGAUGUGUGACCAAAUCAAGCUUUAAUUUUGUUUAACAUAUUAGCACCAAUAAUGUUAAUCUACUAACAAGGACGUUAGUAGAAACAAAUAAUUUUGGCUAAUAUGUGGGAUAUUUUACAGUAGUGGGGAUUCAUGUUGCUCCAGAUGUUUAUACUACGAAAUAUCACUUCAAUGAAUAAAUGGGUAAAAUAUA